GAAAAGUUAAAAUGAUUUUAACUCGAUGGGGUGCGGAUGCGCCUGAAAAAAACAAGCUCGUCGCACCACAUCGCUUCCUUGUAAUAACAAACUUGAGCGUGCAAAAGACGCGAUAUGUGAACGGCCCCUAAUGCGUGUGCCAAUGCAGGUGUGAUUAUACUUAGUCUUAAAGUUUGUCAUUGUUAAUGUUUGAAUAAAGAUUCAAAAAUUCUGAUCUGUUUGGAAUGAGGGAACCAAAAACCAUAGAUGUGAAUCCCUCUGGUACAUCAUUAGCUGUCUGUCAAAAUCUACAAAUAUAUUACGAAUCUUAAUUUCACAUUUUUAUGUACGGCUUCGACGCUCUCAGCGUUUUUCACAAAAAAACCCAGCAGAAACCAGAAGUUAAACAGGUUGUUAAUAUGGAUUACAAAUGUGAUCUCUGAUGUAAGUGACACUAUGAUGAGAUGAUCUAACACGCGCUUUUCCCAUGUAAUUUAGAUUUUUGAAGACUUCCUCACAUCAGCAGCUCGUUGACAGAUGAUGCCAUCAUUUUUCAUUUCGGGAUGAUUUUGAUCAGUGCGCUGGUGAAUAGAUUGUGUCGGAUGAUGGUACGAUCAUCUCCGUAUAUCUAGGAGCUUGGGGCGAUUGUUUUUUCCUGUGCACGUGAAAGUGUUUCCUAAACUCUUUAAUACGAAUUAACGGCGGGGUAGUACUUCUGACAGCGGUGGUCUCGGGCCCCGUUCCCGCUCUCUCGCCCUCCGGGGCCAAAAAGAAAAGACAGUUUGGGCGUUUUUGACUCGAGUAAUUAAAAAAAUAAAGGCUGGGAGAACAAAGCGUCGAUUUCAAUCGUUCCCCGUUCAAUUCCUCUUGUCAGUAGCUCGCUGCAUUCGACUCUAAAGCCCCGCUCUCUCUCCAGAUGAAUUUUAUGUUUUUUUCUCUUCGCUCGCUCUCGCUCUGCGGUUUUCCCCAGACAGGUUCCACAGUGUUUUAGAGGGGAUGGAUUUAAUUGCUCUGUGGGGAUUGGUUGGCGGUACCGGGCCCGGCUGUUUAAUUAGUGUACCCUGCCGGGAUUGGUUUAAUGCUUCGUGAUCUUGAAAUUGUCUGAUUGUUCAGGCCUCUGGGGACUCCCUCUCUUUCUCUUCCUCCUCCUCUCUCUCUCUCUCUCUUCAUUCUUUAUCUCCACGCCCCUACCGAGAGCAGCAGGUUUUGCUUAAACGCUGCUGCGGGCCUUGCUGGAUAUGCCGGAAACAGGCCGUUUCCCCGGGGUCUCACCGGCAGGGAGUUGAUGUGAGGAUGAGCGUCGCCGCCGCGGGUUCCUGCUCUCCAGCCGCGCUUCUGAUCUGUGUGACCCCUCGUGUUGAAGUCAUGUUCUGGAUUAAGAGGGAGCUCAAUUCAGUGGCGGCACAGCUAGCAGGACGACAGGAAGAGAGCGAGGACUCCCAUAAGCACCUGGUCGAACUGAGCCGUGAAUUCAAGAAAAAUGUGCCAGAGGAGGUGUUGGAGAUGGUUUCUCCUGUUCUCAAAGGUUUUCAAGCUCAGGUGGUUGCAUUGAGCCAGCGCAGUAAAGAGGCGGAGUCUGCAUUCCUGGGAAUAUAUAAACAGCUGAUCGAGGCCCCAGGUGAGCAGCACACCUAUCCGACUCCACUGCUAGAAGCCACACAUUCGCUGGGAGAACGUCUGGCAGAACUGAAACAUUCGACUUCUGAUGGUGAUGCGGUGAUCUCGGAGAUCUCUACCCACCUGAAAAGACCUCUUCAUUGUCUUGAUAAAACAGAAGACAGCGAGUUGGACUCUGUUACCAUAGAGACGGGGCAGGCAUCCACACAUCGGUCCCAUAUGAUGACACCAAACAGUGUACAGAACACACAGGAUGAUGACACGCCGCUCAACAGCCAUCAUAAUCAUGAUAAAGGGGAGGAACAUGAAUCAGACACGGCUCUGCCCGGCCAAGCUGAGGAGCGAAUCAAAGCCCUUCAGUCAUCGCUGAACUCGGCCCGAUCGGAGCUGCAGGAAAUGAGGUGUAAAUACGACAAAGAAAUGGUGGCAAAGGUGGAGGAGAUGAACGCGCUGAUGGCAGACCUGGAGAAGGCCAACCAGCGAGCAGAUGUUGCCCAGAGGGCGGUAGAGAGACUGAGAGAGCAGCUUGCCCAAUCUCAGAGCACUUCUAAAGGGACGGACCCAUCAGAAGAUGGACCCAAAGAGGAGAGAGACGCAGAUGAGAAGGACGAACGCUCGCUGUCGCGGCUGGAGGCGGUGCUCUUCUCCAAAGACAGAGAGAUUCUCAGACUGCUCGAGAGCAUCCAGAGACUUCAGUUCACCUUACAGGAAGUUCAGGACUCGUCAGCCAAUCAGAUUGCGGAGCUGGAGCAACAGUUGUCCUAUAAAUCAGAAGCUAUAGAGGCCCUGGAAACUAAACUGCAGUCUCAGAUGGACUAUGAAGAGAUUAAGACAGAACUUAGUAUUCUGAAAGCAAUGAAACUGGCAUCAGCCAAUGGAAACUCAUCCCAGGAAUCAGGAAAAACUGCUGAUGCACUUCUGCUGGAUAAACGCACAUUCCUGCCAUCACACAAAUAUCUUGACAAAGUCAGAGUGUUACACAACAGUGAUGAGGGUCAUUCGGAAGACCCCAGCAAGGACACGGGUCGCCCCUCUGGAUCAUAUUCCUCCCCUCCCGGAACGCUGCCCAUAGACGGGCGUGCUUCCUCCAGCCCAGGGCUGCCCAACUCAGAAGCACCUUCCUCUGCCCAUGAUCUGCCCCGCCCCUUCUCUGUGUCGCCCUUCUCGGGUGAGAAACUUCCUGGAGAUCUUCUGCAGAAACAGCUCCUGUCGCCCCUCUUCAAGAAAGAUGGCACCUCCAUCAUGGCGUUUCCCACCGCGCUGUACGCUGCCAAAGCUGCCCUCAUGUCAGCCAAUCAGAACUCGUCUACGUCUGCCGGGGUGGAGACGGCUGUGCCAAGCGACCAAUCGGAGAGCGGUAGCUCAGGCGGAGGAGACGAUGACCAGGUGGACACGGCGGAAAUCGCUUUUCAGGUGAAAGAACAGCUGCUGAAGCACAACAUCGGUCAGCGUGUGUUCGGGCACUACGUACUGGGCCUGUCGCAGGGGUCGGUCAGUGAGAUCCUGGCUCGACCCAAACCCUGGAGAAAACUGACGGUUAAGGGCAAAGAGCCUUUUAUUAAAAUGAAACAGUUCCUGUCGGACGAGCAGAACAUUCUGGCUUUGCGCACCAUUCAGGUUCGGCAGCGAGGGAGCAUCACUCCUCGCAUCCGAACUCCUGAAACUGGGUCAGACGAUGCCAUCAAGAACAUCCUAGAACAGGCCAAGAAAGAGAUCCAGUCUCAGAGAGGUGAUUGUAAAUCAUCUCUAGGCUCUUCAUCAGGUCGUAACAGCUCUAGAGAAAGCAGCAGUUCAGAUGAAACCAUCAAGAGCAUUUUGGAACAGGCCCGGCGAGAGAUGCAGGCCCAGCAGCAGGCCCUGCUGGAGAUGGAGGUGUGCGGUCGGGCGUCCACCAGCGAACGCCUCACCCUGCAAGAUCCCGCUAGGGUUCAGGGUCAGCCUCCACCCACACCUCCCUUCAUCAAACAGGAAGAGGGCACUCCCGUGCCGGUGUGCGUCUCCAAUUCGACCAGCGGCCCUCAGACGCCUCUCAGCGUCCUGUCGCCUGCCGCGUUCGUGCAGAACAUCAUCCGUAAGGUGAAGUCGGAGAUCGGCGAAGCAGGCUCGUAUUUCGACCAGCACUGGUCUGCGGAGCGUGGCGCGGUCGUGUUGGGCACCCCUGGCACCUCUCACCCUUUCACCUCUGUCUCACCCUCACUCUCCUCCUCCUCUUCUACCGGUCACUCGGCCGUGCCUCGGAGCUGGCCGCGGAUGGAGAACGGGGACUGUCCGGCCAAUGGAGAGGAAGCUUCUGCGCCAGAGGACGAGCCUGUGCUGGGGCGGCCGGUGGAGAUUAAGGUAGAGUCCGAUUCGUCCGGCGGCGGAGAGACUCCUUGUGGUGCCGGACGGGUGUCUUAUUACCCCACCUACAUCCCACGAGCACUGAAACCUACAGUACCGCCUCUGACCCCAGAGCAGUACGAGAUGUACAUGUACCGUGAGGUGGACACCAUCGAGUUGACUCGGCAGGUGAAGGAAAAACUGGCUAAGAAUGGAAUCUGCCAGAGAAUCUUCGGAGAGAAGGUGUUGGGUUUGUCUCAGGGCAGCGUGAGCGACAUGUUAUCCAGACCGAAACCCUGGAGUAAACUCACACAGAAGGGAAGAGAGCCGUUCAUACGCAUGCAGCUAUGGCUGGUGGAUCAGCUGGGUCAGGGACUUAACCAGCUGCCCAACCAGAACCAAGAUAAGAGCCCAGUGACGACCCGCUCGUCUCCGUCUCCUCCUCCGAGUCCUGAUGACAGGACCAACAUGACCCUGGAGCGAGCGAGUCUCGCCCUGGAGAGCAGUAAGGAGAACCAACAGCCUCAGCAUGUGGAACAUCACGGAGGUAAAGCACCGCCUGGUGCGAUCAUCCCCCAACAGCCCCACACGCCACUGGGCAUCCAGGAACUGGUGGCCAUGUCUCCAGAGCUGGACACAUACGCCAUCACCAAGAGAGUAAAGGAAGUCCUGACGGACAACAACUUGGGUCAGCGUCUGUUUGGAGAGAGCAUUCUGGGAUUGACUCAGGGUUCAGUAUCAGACCUGUUGUCCAGACCCAAACCCUGGCAUAAACUCAGUCUGAAGGGCCGCGAGCCAUUCGUCCGCAUGCAGCUUUGGCUCAACGAUCCGCAUAAUGUCGAGAAGCUGCGUGAUGUGAAGAAAAUGGAGAAGAAAGCCUAUCUGAAGCGGCGAUACGGUCUGUUGAGUCCGGGCUCAGACAGCGAUUCUCCCGGCGCUCAUUCCGACUGCAUCAGUCCGGGUUUGACCCAGCUGGAGAUCUGUCCGUUCAGUCAGGCGAAGAAACCCAGAGUGGUGUUGGCUGCCGAGGAGAAGGAGACUUUGAGAAGAGCGUAUCUCCAAGAGCCGUACCCUUCACAACACACCAUUGAGAUGCUGGCUGCCCAACUCAACCUCAAAACCAACACUGUCAUCAACUGGUUUCACAACUACAGGUCCCGUAUGAGACGGGAAGUUCUCAUGGAGGGACUGCAAGACAACGACACGGAUGCCGAGCACAACAACUGUUCUCCUCUGGCGUCCCAUAGCCCCAUCUCUGAUCGUGAAGAUAGGAAGCAGCUCUCCGCCGGUCGUCCUCCCAGCGCUGAUCCCCGACGCUUCGUGGUCAAACAAGAAGUAAACGAUCAGGAUGAAGACGAGGACUUCCGUCUAAGACAGAUGAAGUUCUUUUCUCAGCUAAAAAGCGACCCGGACCGUCUCCAGGGCGUCAGGGAUGAGGAACCGGGCCGCAGUCAGGGUCACGUUCCACCUGAGGGCACGCAAAGGAACAGCUUGGUUUCGCACGAAGUCGAGGAGCUGGAGAAGUCGUCCGAGGACCCCGUCAGCUUCAAGGCUUCUUCCGAGCCGUCGCGCGGCAGUCUGGAGGUUUCCCUCAACUCGCCCUCAGCCGCGUCCUCGCCCGGCCUCAUGAUGUCCGUUUCGCCCGUCCCAUCAUCUUCCGCCCCCAUUUCCCCAUCGCUGCCCGCCAUCAGCACAAACCCCAGCCAUCAUCUGCCCAACUACGGCCUGGAGUCACCGUCCCUCAACGUCAAACUCAACAAAAGCACUCAGAGGCGCAACGAAAAGAUGGCCAACCUCAACAACAUCAUCCAUCGGCUGGAACGAGCCGCUAACAGGGAGGAAACGCUCGAAUGGGAAUUUUAAAGUCGUUCUGUAAGAACCCUCGCGGGGAGCGUUCUCCCUGUCUGAAUUUUAAAAAAGCAGACUAAUAUUUAUAAACAUGUUUUAGGUAUUUUGAUAAAAUAACUUUGAAAUCUAUGUGACAGCACUAGCUGGGCUUCGUUUUAAACAACGAUGGAGAUAAAACACGUGGAGACUUUUCAGCUACAGUGUCAUGAAAUGCACACUGACGUCUGGUAGAUUGCCACUGGGUGAGAUUAUUCGAAUAAAAGACCUCUGUCUUAAGCCAUCAAAAGCACUACUUAUUUAAAAAAAGACUAAACGAAAUAGAGACAAUGACCAAAUUUGCUAAUUUUUAAAUAGCAGUUUUUCCAACUUUUGUCUGUAAGACGGGACAGCGAAGUCAAGUGACGUGCGACAGCUUCAUAUUGACCGAGGGAUAGUCCUAAAAGACUCUAAAUAGUGAACACUGCAUAUGUAUUUAGUUUUUUCGGUGACAUGUUUUUGAACUUUUGUUAUACAAGCGUACAACGUGGGAUUGUGUGUGUUGUAGAAAAAAUAUCGUCUGCAAUAGCCUUCUGAACAAGAUGUAGCAUGGAACAGAAUUUACCCUCGAUUUCCUCUUUAGCUAGUAACCUGUGAUAUACUUGAGAGAUACUACAAAAAAGUGAAAAACUUCUCGGCAAAAAACAAGAAAAAAAGGAAAUGUAAAAAACGUUUUUUAUUUGGUGAACGUGUCAUUUUACAUACUUUCAGGUUUCAUAUCCUUACCAUACAUUUACCUCUCUGUCCCUGAAAGCUUUUCUCUCACACGCACAUGCACGCACACGGGCUUAUCGGUUACCUGUACUUCCCAAUACACCACCACUGGUUUGAUAUGUAAUGUGUGUUUGUGUUGGGAACAAAGACCCCAGAUGGAGGUGUGGGGUGGGAAUUGUUAGCAUGUAUAUACUUUGAACUGAUCAAUAAUGCAGUUGUGGUAAUGGAAGUGUAGGGAAACUUGCAGUACAGAACGCCAUGUCCAUCUCUUUUUCUCCUGCAUGAGUUUUGUGUCUCAGCAAAGUUCCUCAUACGCUCAUAUAUAUAUGGGCAUCUGAUAGAAUAUAGUGAAGAUGGGUCGGAAGUGUCUUUAUGAUGUCACUUCCUAAAUAUGUUUAUAACACAUUUUAGCAGGAAGGUAAAAUUGCACUUAAAUGGGAAAGAUGAGAAGUCAAAGUCAGAUGAGAAAUAGUGGUUUAUCUGGUUUAUUUAUAUCCCAUGAGCACUUGUUUUUCAUACACUGUAUUCUAGAGAUUAUGAUACUUGUUAUUUGUUUUCAGGUUACACUUUUUACUGUAGGCCAUUUACUGAACGCAGAGAUGACGUAUUCUUUGUAGACCAACCCGGAAGUUAGCGGGACACUGGUUCUGUCGACACAAAGUCCAAUCAUUUUUCCCAUUAUCACAAAAAAAUAAGUUUGACACAUACUGUCCAGCAAGAUAAUCUUCAAAUUUAACACAACUUUUAUGAAUAUUAAAGUUUAAAUGCACUUACUAGAAAUGAAAAGCUAACCUUAGGCGUCAACAUCAUCAUCACCAAGCUUCCGACAGCUCUUUCAAACUUUAUUAAACACGUUUAAAAACAUGUUCCCGAUUAAGAAAAUACUUUGAAGAUGAAUAAAUGUUGGGAAUUUUACCCAUGAUGCGUUGUUUUUGAGAUCUUGAUGCAUGAUGAUGUUUGAAGUCCCCAACAAUGUCUGAAAAAAACUUUUUUUAUGUCAUAGAAUAAAUGAAACGUGAAAAUAUAUUGGGCUUAUGUUAACCCAAGAUCUUAUUUAAGGCGUUUAACUCGUAAAUAAGAGUUAAAUUAUCUCGUCAAUUAAGAGAAAACAUUUCCCUGCCAAUGACGCUUUCCUGACUAGUUUUUACGAUAAUCUGUAAUUCCGCUCUUACCCAAUUUAUAAAAAAGAAAGCAAAAACUACUUUAAAUAAUUUUAAACUCCGUGUAUGUUUUGAUCAUGGUUCUGAAUCUGAUCUUUAACAAAAUUCCUUUACAAAAAUGCAAUUAUUUCAGCUUUUUGCUAAAAAUUUUGUAUUUUUGAACAAAUCUACCCAUAUUUGAAAAGUUUUUUCCCCGUUUUUUUUUUUAAAGCAGAGGGUUCGUUCUUUCAUUUGAUAUAUUUGUAUGUUUAUAAAUUUAAAGGUGAUAAUUUUCCUAGAAGGCAUUUUUUAUUAUUUCCUUGAAGACAACUUUUUAAAAAAGUGAGUGGGAAUGAGUUAACAAAACCCAUUAAAAAAACAUUGACUUCGGGACAAUGGAACCGAAAGUGCUAAAAUGUUAAAGGCGGAGUGCACGCUUUGGAGAAGGGAGUCAUGCCGACAACCAAAACACACUUGUAGCCAAUCAGCAUUAAGGUGUGUCUACUAAACGACAUUGUUGCCUGGGUUUCUUUUGUGUGGGGUGGGUCUAUCAAAGGAAGGUCCAGAUUCUUUUGGGGUGGGGCGUGUUUGUUUAGGUGAUUUCAAAUGUCAACAUUGGCUUUCAGAGAUCAUGUACCCCGCCUUUAACUCACUUCUGGGUUUUCCCUACAAAAAUACGUCAUCUCUGCAGCACUCUGUAAUAAUAAUAGUAAGUUCGUAUUCAUGAUCCACACAAGUAUGCUGAUAGUCCAGACAAGUACGAUAGUCCUGUCUGUCAAUUUUUUUAUACGCUUAAGUUUGCUGACAUCAGCUUGGCUUGUGUGGGUUUUGGAGAAGGAUCAUGUGGUUAGAAAAAUAAGUGAAAAUGUCUGAAAUUGUUUAAAGCACUUUCAUUACUGUAAUAAACCUCAUUACUGAAAUAAGGGCAGUGGAGUUACCUACAAAUGUGCGACACUAAAUCAGAUGAGUGAGCUAUACACAUGUUGACAGUUUAACUAACUUUAAUUAACUUGCCCAGCAAGAUUCUCAUUAAACCUUUACUCCUUUAUGACCGUGAGAGAAAACCGAGUGUAGAUAAAAACACUGUAACGCCCCCUACAGAAACAAUGAGAAUACAACAGGUCUUACCCUUAAGCAGUAGUUCUCAAACUUUUCACCCCCCCAAAAGUAAAUUCAUGACAUAAAACAAUAUCAAAAUCAGAAUUUAAACAUUAAAUGAUACAAUGUAGUGCUGUUGGUUAGUAGCCUUUUGUUCUGACGUUUAAGUACACAGAAGUUAUGAUAAAUUAAUGUAUUUUAUAAAAUGUAAUAAAACUGGGGCCCCCCGGCCCUAUCUCAUGCCCCCAAGGAGGGCCCGCGGUUUGAGAACCACUGCCCUAAAGAGAUUAAAGUAACGCAUUCAAAAUCUGAAUAUAAUAACCAUGUAUAUGGACUGUUAACAUAAUGAAAAAGAUACUUUUGAUCAGUCUAGUUGUACUACUGAUGUGUUUCGCUGCUGGUAAAUAAAUAGUUUUUAUUUAAAUUUCAACACUUUUUCCAUUUUUCCAUAGUAUUUUUUAUGUUUUAUACUCAAUAUUUACAGCUCAUCAAAUGAAAAACACACGCAGCACUUAGAAUAUCAAAUUUGUAGACGACUAAAAAUUUGUGUUUCACAUGUUUUUGCCUUUUAUUUUGUUCGGGUUGUAAGAAAACACUUGCACAUGUCGUAAUACUGAGCAUUGGAUCUCAAACCUAUGUAUAUAGAUAUAUAUAAAUAUUACACAUUUACUGAGAAGGAUAUAUCUUAGGUCCUUGAAACUAGCGUGCUGAUGAUAUUUAAGGAAAAGUGUACAGUUAUAUUAACCAAACACAUAGAGCCAGGGGUGUCUGGCAAGCUUGCCCAUGUUCUAGAAACUUCUCUCAGGGUAGACUUGCUUCUCUAAGCUUUACAAAACCUGUCAGGUCCACCGCUGGUCAACGUUUACUGUUCCUAACCGCCAUCUGCUUCCAGAUCUCUUUCAACAAUGUUCUCAGCAAAAUGCAAAUCUGUUUGAGCAUUUCAUUUGACUGAUCAUCUCUUGAGUAUGGAAAAGUAUAGAUGUUACAUACUCAUAUUAUGAUUAUAUAACGGGCCUGAACCAACCAUGUGAAUUUUGUAACAAAAUCUGGAUAGUUUAGAAACGCUUAAUGCUGAUUCAAAUGAAACUUUCAACUGCUGUUGGUUUUUUCUCGAAUGUUGUUGUCUGUGUGAUAAAUAUGAACACUUUUUAUGACCAUUCUGAACAAUUUUCAUUUGUUUUGCUGUACUGUACAUUUUUGACUUUUUACAGUUGAAUUUUGCAUGCUUAUUUUAUUCCUUCAAAAAGACUGAGAAUGUUAUUUGUUUAUUGUAUUUUUAUUUUUUUUCAGGAAAUCAGCACUGAAAGCGUUCACAUUCUGCAGGUUAUAAUAGAAAAUACUGUAAUAAUAAGUGAGUUUUGGGUCACAAGGUGUGUUUCCCCAUAUAUAUCUAAAAUUAAAAAUCAUAAGUGAUUCAGCCAAAACAAGAUUACUUCAAUUUAUCUGGUGCUUGAGUGUAUGUUUAAAUAUGAACUAUGCUAGAGCCCUCAGAAACACUGGUUUUUAGUUCCUUUUUAAUAUAUUCAACUUUUCACUGAAGACUAUAAAAUGUCAAACUUGAAAGAUUUGUGUGUUAGAUCUGCUUCGUAUGAUUUAGUGUAUGUGUGUUUGAAGUUCGUGAAUGAGAGACUGGUGCGUAUGAAAUUGUAACACGAGCAAGAGGCAAAAUUCUGGUAGUUGCUCUUUUGCGCUGAAUACUGGUAGUUAAUGCACUCUGUCAAAGGUUUUUCCUACAUUUCUUGUAACGUUCUGGUAUGUUUGCGCACAUUUCCCAUGACCUUUCCAUGGCAGAGCACUUAAAGCUUUGGUUGUUAAAGAGAGGACAAAUAAAUGUCAAAUGUCAUGUGUCUUUUAAUCACAUAUGUACCAAGUCAUUAUUGAAUACAGUACAUAAUUGUAUAAAC